AUGAGGCUCGGCGAGAUAUCCGCAGAGAUCUUGGUGCAGCUCUACCGACGUGUGGAGAGUUGGUUCCGCUCCCAGCAGCCCGAUGUGGAGGACUGGGCGCAGGUAGUCUACGCGCUCGCGCUGAGCGGUCGACUGGAAGAGGCAGCAAGCAUUGUGGAGACCAUGGAGACCGGAAGUGAUCCGGUUUAUCCGCAGCCAGAUGCGCGGAUGUACAAUCUGCUGAUCAGGGAGUUGGUCAAGCAGCGAGGACUGAGCACUGCGACAAGUCUUUGGUCCCGAAUGGCGGCCAGAGGCCUGGUCCCAGAUGGCGUAUACUUCUUGCUCAUGGUGGCGGUCUGCGCGAGCUCCGACCCACCACAGCUGGAUCGGGCCAAGAGGUACCUCCGCAGAGGCGAGAUGCUGAUGAAGAGGCAGAAGGUGAACUUCCGCUUCCAGCGCGAGUACGACGUGGCCCAACUAUACACAGCCCUGAUGGCAGGCUACCUGAGGAUGGGUCGGCUGACGGAGGCCUUCACUGUCCUUGGGACGAUGCGCCAGCACGGCGUACGACCCAGUGCUGUCACGUUUUGCAUCCUCCAGCAGUGCUGCUUUGCGCGCAUGGAUCCUUCUGCUGAUGUUCGGCAGCUGCUGCGAAUUAUGGAGCAGAUCGGAGUUCCGCCCGAGACGUCCAACUACAAUGAGCUUAUCAAAUGCUACGGCCUGCAAGGGCAGAUGACUUUGGCACUUGGAGUGGCAAAUCGAAUGCGGGAGGCGGGGAUCGCGUGGGACUCCUUCACCUACUUCGCCCUGAUCAGAUCUGUCUGUGCUGCCGGACAGGUUGAGCUCGCCAUGAAGUUGCUGACGCGGAUGCGGCAGGACGGAAUCCGACCCGGGGCGCCGCACUACACGUGUACAUUUAUUGGCCUGGCCGCAGCAGACUACUACGAAGAUGCCACCCGCGUCUUCCAGCGCCUGGUCGACGUCGGAGGAGCACGGAGCCAGUUCCCGUACAACAUGAUGAUGGCCAUUCACAGCCGGCGCGGUGACAUGGAGGCCGCUGAAGAAGUCUUGGAAGAGAUGACAGAAGCCGGUUGGCCCGCAGACGUGACGACCUACCAAAUCCUUGUACAAGGCUAUGUCGCUGCUUGCGACUGGCCUGCAGCGCUGGCGCUGGAAGAAAAGGUCGCUGAUCUGCGACGUGGCCUCGUUCGAAUACGGGAGGAUGCCGGCGUUACCCAGGCUGCACAAGAGGCCGCCAAUGGGCAGCUGCAGCAGAAGCGGGUGUGGACAAAGGUAUACCACCUGCUUGUGGAUGCUGCCGUGUACAAUGCCGAAUGGCCUCGCGCGGUGCAAAUCAUCGAGGAGCUCGUCGGCUAUGGACUGCCUGUGAACUAUGCGAAGCAUGCCCGCCUCCUGGAAGACACCUUGCCCUCCACCAGAGCUGGACUUGCAAUGAAAGGCGUCUACAGUCGCGGCACGAACAUGGACUGGGCAACCGCGGAUGAGCGGCAGAAGGAUUCAAAGCCUGGCAUCGAGGAUUUCGAGUAUGCCCUGCAGGCGGCGGUGCUAGAUCGUCUGGAGCCACAUGCAGAUCCCGCCCAAGCCAAGGAGAGGGAGGCUCAAGUGCCUCGAGCGCUGGAGCUUGCUGCCGACGUCGUCGCAGCGCUGUUCGAGUACUCAGCAGCACCCGAGGUCUCCGCGGCGGAGACUGACAGGUGCAAGUCGUGGUGGAUGAUCUUUGUGCAGAUCGCAGAGGAGACCACCAAGCUCGUAUCCCUAGGGCAGCUGGAGAAGCUGGUGGAGGUCUUUGAGCGCAGCCUCCUGAAGCUGCGCAAGGCUUCGCUGGCUUUGGCGGCACAGCGCCUGAAGGAGUUCGAUGCCAAGCAGGAGGCAGACAUGAAGGCCGCCAAGGAAACUUCCGAGGAGAAAAAGUCCGAAGCCCGUGCAGCCAAAGAGGCGAAAGAGCGUGAAACCAAGCGAUUGGAUGAGCGAAAAAAGCUUAUCUCCCAGCUCGGGGUGUCUCCGAACGGCCACGUCUUCCUGACGAUGACCUCGCUGUUGAAACAGCUGAGCUCGCGUCUUGUAGGCUCUUUCAACUGCCGGCUCCGAGCCCGGAUUUCCCUGCUCCUGGAGCGGCUGUUAGCUCUGGAUCACAAGGCCAUUGCUAACAAUCAGAAGACUCGAGCUCAGGACUUUUACACUGUGGACGACUUGGACAUCGACGUGAAGGCUCUUCCAUACUCUCUGGAUGUUAGCGAAGCCAGCUCGGUGCCGGAG